AUGGGUCAUGGCGCAUAUUUGAUGCAUCAAGAGCAAGCUCAAGUAUUUAGUAUAGCUGUUGGUAAUCUACCAGCGAAUAAUGAAGUUAUCAUCAAGAUAACAUAUGUUGCCGAGUUAGAAAUUGAAAGCAGUGAUAUUAUCUUUCGACUUCCAGCCAAAAUGGCUUCAUGCCAGUCGAAACAAGCGAUGGAAACAAAAGAUCAAUCGAUGGUAAGAUCUAUCAAUAUUAUUGAUGAAAAAGUUAAGUUCAGUUUCAAAGCAUCAAUUCAAAUGCCAUACGAAAUAUUAAAAUUAUUUUCUCCGACACAUCGUCUUCGUCGAAAAUUAACUAAUUGUAUAGCUAUGGUCGAACUUGUCGAUAAUAUCGUACUUGAUCGAGAUUUUAUUCUUUCGAUUACACUCAAAAGUGCUAAUUUACCUCGACGAUCAAAUGAAAUAUUGUUAUUCGAUGAUGAACAUGAAAUAUCAACAACGACAUCGAACAAUCAAGAUUCACAAGCAUGUAUGCUUACCUUUUAUCCACGAUUCGAAACAUUGACGAAUUUAAACGAACAAAUUGAACUUAUUUUUAUUAUCGAUGUAUCCAAUUCAAUGGAUAGUAUUCAUGUACAACAAGCUAAACAGUUAGUACAUUUGUUUCUUACGAAUUUGAAAGUUGACGACAAAAAUACUUAUUUCAAUGUAAUUACUUUUGGAUCAGAUAAUGAUGAAUGUUUUCCGAUUUCAACAUCAAUUACAAAAGAGAAUCUUGAUAAAGCUAAAUAUUUUGUUCUGGUUGGUAAUAUGCUUUGA